AUGGAGAAUUUUAUUGCUACCACCAACAAUUCCAUUCAACAACUACAAGCUCAGAACAAGCUCAUGGAAAAUCAGAUAAGCCAACUUGCUCAUCAAGUUGGUCAAUCUUCGAAGGCUCCGGGUUCUUUUCCGGGUCAGACAGAGCAACCACCAAAAGGACAUAUCAAUGCCAUCACUUUGAGGAGUGGAAAACAAUUGGAAGAUCCUCCCGCAAGGGAGCCAUCAAAUAAGGUUGUUGAAGAGGUAGUCACUAAUGAUAAGGUGGUCGAUAGUAGUGUGAUCGAGGAUGAACCAAAGGCAUUGAAUCCACCUCCACUUGCCCCAUAUGUUCCACAAGUUCCUUUCCCGCAAAGGUUGGCACAAGCAAAGUUGGAGAAGAAGUAUGGAAAAUUCCUUGAGAUUUUAAAGAAGCUUCACAUCAAUAUUCCAUUCUUAGACGCCAUAUCCGAGAUGCCCUCUUAUGCCAAAUUCUUGAAGGAUAUGCUCUCCAACAAAAAGAAGCUAGAAGAGAAUGCUAGCGUUGCUUUAACUGCGGAAUGUAGUGCUAUUUUGCAAAAUACUCUUCCUAAGAAGCUUGGUGAUCCGGGUAGUUAUUCAAUUCCAGUCAAGCUUGGGGAUAUGGAAAUUAAGAAGGCAUUGUGUGAUCUUGGUGCGAGUGUGAGUCUCAUGCCUCUAUCUAUCUGCAACAAGCUUCAAAUGGGUGAACUAAAGCCCACACGCAUCUCUCUACAACUUGCGGAUAGGUCGGUUAAAUUUCCUCUUGGUGUGCUUGAAGAUGUCCCUCUUCGCGUGGGAAAAUUCUUUAUCCAUGUGAUUUUGUCGUGA